AUGACAGCUCAAUUACAAAGUGAAAGUACUCCUAAAAUAGUUUUGGUUACAGGUGGUGCUGGUUACAUUGGCUCCCAUACUGUGGUGGAGCUGAUUGAGAAUGGAUAUGAAUGUGUUGUUGCUGAUAACCUGUCAAAUUCAACUUACGACUCUAUUGCCAGGUUAGAAAUUUUAACCAAGCACCAUAUUCCCUUCUAUGAGAUUGAUCUGCGUGACCGGAAAGGUCUGGAAAAGGUUUUCAAAGAACACAAAAUUGAUUCGGUAAUCCACUUUGCUGGUUUGAAAGCUGUAGGUGAAUCUACACAGAUUCCGCUGAGGUAUUAUCAUAAUAACAUCCUGGGCACUGUGGUUUUAUUAGAGUUGAUGCAACAGUACAAAGUGUCUAAAUUCGUUUUUUCGUCUUCUGCUACUGUUUAUGGUGAUGCUACUAGAUUUCCAAAUAUGAUUCCUAUUCCAGAAGAAUGUCCCUUGGGGCCUACUAAUCCAUAUGGUCACACGAAGUACGCUAUUGAGAAUAUUUUGAAUGAUCUUUACAGCAGCGACAAAAAACGUUGGAAGUUUGCCAUCUUGCGCUAUUUCAACCCAAUUGGCGCACAUCCUUCUGGGCUAAUUGGUGAAGAUCCACUAGGUAUACCAAACAAUUUGUUGCCAUAUAUGGCUCAGGUAGCCGUUGGUAGACGUGAGAAGCUUUAUAUCUUCGGUGACGAUUACGAUUCCAGAGAUGGCACCCCAAUUAGGGAUUAUAUUCAUGUAGUUGAUCUCGCCAAGGGCCAUAUCGCAGCUCUGAAGUACCUAGAGGCUUAUAAUGGAAAUGAAGGCUUAUGCCGUGAGUGGAAUUUGGGCUCUGGUAAAGGUUCUACAGUUUUUGAAGUCUACCAUGCAUUCUGUAAAGCAUCUGGUAUCAAUCUUCCAUAUGAGGUUACAGGUAGAAGAGCAGGUGAUGUACUGAACUUGACAGCUAAGCCAGAUAGGGCCAAGCGCGAACUGAAAUGGCAAACCGAGUUGCAGGUUGAAGACUCCUGCAAGGAUUUAUGGAAAUGGGCUACUGAGAACCCUUUUGGUUACCAGUUAAGGGGUGUUGAAGCCAGAUUUUCCACUGAAGAUAUGCGUUAUGACGCAAGAUUUGUGACUAUUGGCGCCGGCACCAGAUUUCAAGCGACGUUUGCCAAUUUGGGCGCCAGCAUCGUUGAUCUGAAAGUGGAUGGACAAUCAGUCGUUCUUGGCUACGAAAAUGAGAAAGGAUAUUUGGAUCCCGAUAGUGCUUAUAUUGGUGCCACGAUCGGUAGGUACGCGAAUCGUAUUGCGAAGGGUAAGUUUAGUUUACGCAACAAAAACUAUCAGUUAACCGUCAACAACGGCGUUAAUGCGAAUCAUAGUAGCAUCAGUUCUUUUCACAGGAAAAGAUUUUUAGGGCCCAUUGUUCAAAAUCCUUCGAAAGAUGUUUUUACCGCCGAAUACAUGCUAAUAGAUAAUGAGAGGGACACCGAAUUUCCAGGUGAUUUAAUGGUAACCGUACAGUACACUGUGAACGUCGCUAAAAAAAGUUUGGAAAUCGUAUAUAAAGGUAAAGUGACUGGCGGUGAAGAGACGCCAAUAAAUUUAACAAACCAUACUUAUUUCAAUUUGAAUAAACCUUAUGGAGACAGUAUAGAAGGUACGGAGAUUAUGGUGCGUUCAAAAAAAUCUGUUGAUGUCGACAAAAACAUGAUUCCCACGGGUAAUACAGUUAAUAGAGAAAUUGCCACCUUUGACUCUGCAAAGCCAACUGUCUUAGGUCCCAAAAAUCCUCAAUUUGAUUAUUGUUUUGUGGUAGAUGAAAAUCCUAAACCUAACCAAAUCAACACCUUGAACAAUGAAUUGAUACUUAUUCUUAAGGCUUUCAAUCCUGACUCCAACAUUACAUUGGAAGUUUUGAGCACAGAACCAACUUAUCAAUUUUAUACUGGUGAUUUCUUAUCUGCUGGCUACACAGCAAGACAAGGUUUUGCUAUUGAGCCUGGUAGAUACAUUGAUGCUAUCAACCAAGAAAACUGGAAAGAUUGUGUUAUUUUGAAGAGGGGUGAAACUUACGGUUCUAAGAUUAUCUACAGAUUUUCUUAA